AUGUCUUCCCUUUUGAUGAGCGCUGCAAGUGGCGGCAUCUUCGGUGCCGCUUUGGCUGCAUCGGGAGUAUAUUCGCCCUCUGUCAUCAUCACACAACUCCAGCUGGGCAAUUUCCAUAUGAUGAAGAGCUUCAUCGCUGCCAGCGCUUGCAGUGCGUUGAUCGUUUACUGGGCGAAUCGAGCAAAGUACGCCAAACUCUCGCCUCGGUCGGACUCGUCGUACGGCUGGUUCAUGAAAUACGAUGCAAACCUCAUUGGCGGACUUUUGCACGGUAUCGGCAUGGCCUUGACUGGCGCCUGUCCAGGCACUGUCCUUGUGCAGCUGGCGAUGGGUGUGAAAUCUGCACCGGCCGUUGCCGCUGGCUGUAUCUUGGGAGCGAUAGCCUUUGUCAAGUCGGCGCAGCAUAUCAAACGAACGACACCUGCGACCGCCUCAGCCGGUCCUGCUCCGCAUUCUGUGCAGGAGAAGCUCGGCCUGUCCACCAACUCGAUGAUUCUCUUGUAUGAGACACUGUGUCUCGUCAUGAUCGGUGCUGCAACGUACCUGGGACCUACUAGGGAUUACUGGCUCAACCCUAUCAUCGGUGGCCUUCUCAUCGGCGUGGCGCAAGCGACCUCGGUCCUGUUUACUCGGAAGACCCUGGGUGUAUCGGGUGCCUAUGAAGAUAUUGGAAAGUAUAUCUGGAGUGUCGUGGACGGGACCGCAGGGCCUGGCUUGUCAAAUAUCGUCUUCGCCAGUGGUGUCAUCGGCGGCGCAAAAAUCAUUUCGCAAUUCAUACCGGCAGCGUCUGAGGCGGGAGGGCCAGUCAUCAACCCCCUUGCCGCUCUUGUUGGGGGGUUCACCAUGAUAUUCGGCGCGAGAAUGGCCGGUGGAUGUGCCAGUGGACACGGCAUCUCCGGCAUGGCCACCAUGGGCUUGAGCAGCUACAUCACCGUAGCCGGCAUGUUUGGAGGCGGCAUUAUCUGGACUCUGCUGUUUCGAUAG